CCGGUCGAAAUUAUGUUCGAUGGUCAUUGAACUUGGUGGAAAUCCUUCAUUUGAUUUCAAUGGUUCUAUUACUCACUUAGUUUGUGAGCAGAUCGUUCGGAAUGAGAAGAUUUUAUCAUGUAUAUCAUGUGGUUUAUACGUUUUGAGAUUGGAAUACAUUAUGGAUUCUUACAAAGCGAAAAAGUGGUUGGAUCCAGAAGAUUAUGAAUGGGGAAAUCCUAUUUUCAUGAAAAAAUACCAAUUUACUUUGGAGCGUCUGGAAUGUCUUGCUCGCAGCUCGAGGCAGUGGAGAAUAGAACUUCAAGAAAUUUCGCCCCAUCGAAGAGCUUUCAGUAACUGGAGGGCUGUUCUAUAUUGUAGCAGACGACGUUUUGUUGAAAUUCAACGAAUUAUAAUCAAUGGAGGUGGAAUAGCGAUUCACAGGUUCAAAUUUCGGUAA